AUGGCGGUGGAGAACCCCAUUGUGGCUCAUAGCUGUGCAUAUGGUGACAUUUCCCCUGCUCUGGCUAGACAACCAGUGUCCAUCCAGCCUCCCACCAGACAACCAGUGUCCAUCCAGCCUCCCACCAGACAACCAGUGUCCACCCAGCCUCCCACCAGACAACCAGUGUUCAUCCAGCCUCCCACCAGACAACCAGUGUCCAUCCAGCCUCCCACCAGACAACCAGUGUCCAUCCAGCCUCCCACCAGACAACCAGUGUCCAUCCAGCCUCCCACCAGACAACCAGUGUCCACCCAGCCUCCCACCAGACAACCAGUGUCCACCCAGCCUCCCACCAGACAACCAGUGUCCACCCAGCCUCCCACCAGACAACCAGUGUUCAUCCAGCCUCCCACCAGACAACCAGUGUCCAUCCAGCCUCCCACCAGACAACCAGUGUCCAUCCAGCCUCCCACCAGACAACCAGUGUCCAUCCAGCCUCCCACCAGACAACCAGUGUCCAUCCAGCCUCCCACCAGACAACCAGUGUCCAUCCAGCCUCCCACCAGACAACCACUGUCCAUUCAGCCUUCCACUAUCUCUAUGAUCAGUGACCACUAG